CACAGCAACAUGGAAAGGAAGAAGAGCUGGAUAUUCUGGUGGUUGAUGCCUUUUGUGUCUUAUGACAUGCUUUAUCAAAAUUGCGUGUUGGGACAGGAUUCCUGUUGGACUAAAUGCAAUAUAUCAUUUCCAAUAACAUGUCUUUUAUCUUGUCUUCCUUCUCUCACCCCAACCGGUCACAGCCGAUGGCCGCCCCUCCCUGACCUUGGUUCUGCCGGAGGUUUCUUUCUGUUACAAGGGAGAUUUUCCUUCUGACUGUUGCUUGCUAAUAGGGGUGAUAUGACAGUUGGGUUUUCCUCUAUUUGUAUUAUUGUAGGGUCUACCUACAAUAUAAAGUGCCUUGAGGCAACUCUCUUUGUACUUUGGCGCUGUAUAAAUAAAAUUUAUUGAACUGAACACUUUCCCACUUUGAGACAAUCAAUUUCAAAAGAGUUUUGGCCCACAGUACAUGACGUCGUUUCUCAACCAUGUUUAAAUUUGGUUUCCUUAUUGCAUGAUAGAGGUUUAGUUGGCAUCUACAGAUGGCAGAUUGGACUGUAUUAAUUGAGAGUGGUUCCUGGAAAUAUUCCUUGGCCCAUUAAGUAAUGUCAGUGACACAAUUAUGCUGUGUGAGUGAUUAAUGAACAUUUUCAGCCUCGUCCUUUAUGCACAGAGACAUCUUCAGUUUCUCUGAAUCUUUUGAUUAUGUUAUGCACUGAAAAUGAUGAGAGUUGCAAACCCUGUGCAAUUUGAUGUUGAGGAACAUUUGAAGUAUUGUACAAUAUUUUUACACAGUCUUCCACAGAUUGGAGAGCCUCAGCCCAUUUUUGCGUCUGAGAGACUGCCUCUCUAAGACAUGCCUUUUAUAGCUAAUUAUAUUAAAGACCUGAUAUCAGUUGGCUAAAUUACUUGCUAAAUGUUCUCUCAGCUGAAACCUUUUGAUCUUUCUUGCUUUUUCAGCCAUUUGCUGCAUCAUGACAAUUUUUUGGUGAGCUGUAGCAAGCAUCAGGUUUGAUUUCAUUUGAAAGUCUUUUGGUUUUCAUGUUUUUCCAAAUUUAACAAACAUUCCAACUCUUCUGGAAUUCAGGUUUUAUAUACUAUAACUUAUUUUGAACAGUCAUUUUUCCAACAUGGCGAUAUGGCAUUUAAAAAUAUACUUCUCAUGCCUGCCUCUUACAUCUUCAUUUUCCUAUACAUGUCUUCAUGAAGAAAUAUGAAAUUGUAUAAUAGGUGUUUUGAGAUUAAACUUUAACACAUUCCGGGGAUGGGGACAUGUGGGGUGUUUUAAUUAAAUUGUACAAGGGUUCAAUGCGUGUUGUUACAUUUUCUCUACAGGUCGUAAUCAGACCGAGUGUUGUAUGAAUUUCACAGACAAUGUUUUGAAUACUGGAAGCCUCAAUGAGACUUUGAGAGCCAUUUGGACUCUACAGAGGGUUCUAGAGGGAACAGAGGUGAAUGGGAGCAUGCAAUUGUAUGUCAAGACUUUUGUCGCUCUUCUGCGCAAACCUAAUGAUACCUCCAGAGGCCUUGAAAUUUAUGCCAAUGACACACAGGUAACACCAGAUGUGCCUCUUCUCAACAGUAAAGUGAGUGUCCAGCUGCCAAGAGAACUGGGUGCUGGACCGAAUAACAAGAUUGUGUUCUGCAUGUUUAAAUGGCCUGAAACAAAAAAGAGAGUUUUUGAAAGCCCACAUGAAGUAUAUGAUCAAAGACUGGUUGGUCUGAGUGUGCAGGGCAAGAAGAUAUCAGGACUGCAGGAGAGAAUCAACAUCACAAUGGAGUUUACCAAGUGUAUAAAGGAAACUCAGAAACCCUCGUGUCAGUUCUUUAAUUAUUCAACAUACAAUUUUAGUGAGGAUGGCUGCGUCACACACUGGACACAUGGUCAGACUAACAUCACCUGUUCCUGUAACCACCUCACAUACUUUGGUAUCCUCAUAAUACCUGAUCCUUCCAUCACAAAGAAAGACCAAGAGAUUUUAACACACAUUACUGUGAUUGGCUGUAGUAUUUCCCUUUUUACUUUGGUCAUAGCCAUUUUGCUCUUUAUUACAAACAGGAAACUCAAACAAGAUGUCUCUAUGAAGGUCCACAUCAACCUUGUAAUUGCCCUGAUCCUCCUGAACCUGCACUUCCUGCCCAAUCAGGCAGUGGCAGCAGGGUCCUCCUCUGGACUUUGCUUAUACAUGGCUCUUUUACUUCAUUAUUCCCUGCUGGCCACUUUCAGCUGGAUGGCCUUGGAAGGUUUCCACUUAUAUCUUCUCUUAGUCAAAGUCUUCAACAUCUAUGUCAAGAAAUACCUGCUCAAACUCAGCAUGGUGGGAUGGGGUGUCCCUGCCAUGAUUGUGUCAGUGGUGGUCAUCAUAGACAGACAGUUUUAUGGCCUUACCCCUCUGGACACGUCUAACUCCUGCAAUACUGAAAUAUGCUAUAUAACCAAUUACUAUGUGAAAAUAUGGACUACAGCGGGACUGUUCAGCUUGGUGUUCCUCUUUAAUGUAAUCAUGUUUGGGGUGACAGUCAGACAAGUUUUGAUUCUCCACCACACCAGAGAGUUUGGGCAGAAUAACCUUGACAAAGUCAAGAAAGACAUUUCUACCCUGGCUGGAGUCAUGACUCUGCUCGGCAUUACCUGGGGCCUGGUCUUUUUUUCAUUCGGCCCCCUGAUCACUUCUGUCCUCUACCUCUUCUGCAUCUUGAACUCCCUGCAAGGUUUCUUCAUCUUCCUUUGGUUUGUGAUGUCACUGAGAAAGGCUAAAACCUCGGCUACUAAGAUGAGCAGUGAAACACGCAGCACUAACAGCUAGUAGCAACACCUCCAUAAAGAUCUGUGUGUGUUGGUAUAAUUCAUAUUGUAAUACAGUGACAACAUGAUUAUUUCUUCUUUAAAUCAUGAUGUUUAUUUAGAGAACAGCACAACAGAGAAGGCAGCUGAGUGAGUGUGAACAUUAAUGUUAUGUUUAAAGCUUUAUUGAUGAAAUACAUGGCAUAAAACAUUUGUGGUAAGGAAUUAAUCUCUCCUAAGAGCAACUUAGAGGAUGGGUUCCCUAUGCAUUGUAAACUUUUCCAUAUUUGAGCACUUCAGAAAGUAAAAGUAGAGGGAUAACUACAGAAUACUGUUUUUAUUGGUUUUCUGCCUAAAGUCAAUCAUUUACAUUCAUGCAUGAAUGUUUUAUAUUUUAAUACUUAUUCAAUUUUUAUCUCAGUCAUAAUUUCCUAUUAUUUUUUACAUACAUACAUACUAAAAAUCAUAGGAAAUAACAACUAAAAUAUAUAUUAGGGGUGCAACGAUACACAAAAUUCACGGUUCGGUUCGAUACUUUGGUGUCACGGUUCCAUAUUUUUUCGAUACAG